AUGAAUCAUCAUCACGAAUUAUUACAAACCGAAGAAUUAUAUUAUGAGUUUAUAGAUGUAAUAAAAUCUGCUAUUAAAGCAAUGCAACAACAAGUUUAUCCCAUUAAGAAAUUUCUUGCCAAUCGUAAAAAAGAAAUUAUUAAGCAAAGCAGUACAGGCAGAAGAAUCGACAAUACAAGUAUCGCAGAAUUUACACAAAUAUUCUACGAGUACACAUUAAAGGAAGUCAUGAAUAUUGAACAAACAUUUGAAGAAUACCUCACACGGUUGAAUGUUGAUUUAUUGAAGGCAACAAUAACUCGCAUGCAACUACCGUCUUAUUUAUCUCCGGAAGAAAUGAGAAGAGCUCACGAAAUGUGUUACAACAUAUUCGACGAGAAAAAGGACGAGGUAUCUUGUCGUUGUAUUUGGGAGAAUAAAACAACAUGGGAUCUCGAUGACACCCAGGACAUCCUAGUUAAACCGAGGAAAAAGGCACGAACGGAAUUCGAUGAGACUGACCUGAAAUUUAUACAAGAAAUCAUUUACCUUAGAACGGAAACAUUCUCUUUACCAAAGAAACGAGUCGAUAAUAGAAGUGGUAAUGAAAUCCUCACCGCGCCUUUCAAUGAUAAACAACGAUCCAGUAUGCGGCUGGUUAUGAAGACUACAGAGUUUCUUCAUUUUCUUAAACAGAGAGAAACUCCCUCUACCUUUUCUUCCGAACACGAACUGUCCAAAUUGAGCACCUUAAAAUUUAUCGAUGGAAAGUUCACAACUAACGACAUCUGGGUGAAAAUCUUAGAUGUUCACGGUAAUGAAUAUGGAUCGAAGUGGUAUUUGAUACUUUGCCCACAGAUCGAAAAAAUUGCAACAAGACGUGCGAUACCUGUGCUACAUUUGAGUCCCCUUGCCACAUUUUAUUUCAUCUCAAAGAUAACGAACUUCACAACUUUUCAUUUAACAAGAACAGAUUUAAUUAAGUUGUUGAAACACGAAAAAGAUGCUAUUUGGUUAAAUAGUUGGACAUUACAGUUUCGUAUGAUCGAUCGUAAAUACGUAGCCGCGACAGUGAUACAAACUGCUUGGCGUGGAUACUGGUUACGAAAAAGGAAUUGGCACUCGGGACGUCUCUAUAUAGCCGCCAGUCUAAUAUGGUACUAUUGGAUCUCGUUGAAAGAAAAGAGAGAAAUGCACCGACGUUAUCUGAAGAAAAUGUUGGUCUCCUUGCAAUGUACGCGAGAUCUUACUCUGAAGCUCAGCAAGGAAUACGAUGAGUUAAUACAACAACCACACGUAGUUCUACAUUUACCAUCCAUCGGUCAUCCAACAGAGUUACGUCAAGUAUUCAAUCCAAGAAUGUUCGCUAUUUACCAAAAUAUCACAAUCCUACGAAUUUGUUUCGUACACAAUCCGAAUACGGAAGUGGUUUACAUCUUACCCGUGAAGCCCACUCGAGAUCUAUUAAUGAUGUACAGUGAUUUUAUCGAGUCGAUAUCACCCGACGAAGAUAUUGCUAAAAGAAUUUCGUUUAUUGCACUUUCCCAAGCCGAAAUCUUCAAGAAUCGUGCUUUAAAUGUUUCUAGGAUUCUUCAUUGUUCCCAAGGAUCUUUCACCGAUAUUAAAAAGAAAAUUGCCGGUAAAGCUGCUUACUUUUUACCAUGUGUUGUCGACGAGUGCGAUAUGAGGUUAUCUGGCAGUCUCAAUGUCCCCUUAAUGAGUCCUGAUAUGGAAAUGCAACGAAUGUUUCUAAAUGCAUCCAACAUAUCUGAAAUGAUCGACAAUCUUGGUCUCUUGCAGCCUCCUCACAAGAAAAAUAUAACGGAUUACGAAACUCUGUGUAUGUCACUGUCUGAGUUAAUGGUUCUGCACACAGAGGUUAGCACGUGGUUGAUCAAGUUGAACUACGGUACGACGAGUAAGCAGAGUGGAAUUUUUCUGAUCAAUCAUAUCAGUGUUCCCUUCAUGCCUAUACUCAGACGAGAACGAGAGAAACACGGUGAAUAUUGGGAAAUGCAACCCAGUUUAAGAGAACAAUUUCUCCAGAGAAUGAAGAAGCAUAUACCAAGGGUUAUACCCAAUGUGAUUCGACUGUCAAAAAUGUACAGUACCUGGGACACGUUCUAUGAGCACAUACAGAAGUUUGGUUGCCUACUGCAGGCAAUUCCAGCGGAGAAGAAUCCCAAGACGAUUUUAUCUGCCUUGCUCGUUCCAGGGAAAGUAACAAAACAGAAACCAAGAUGGUUAGGAACUGCGGAUAAAUUUAAUUUGGAAGCGACAUACUCGACAACCAUUUACAUGCUGCCACAAACUUCUGUGGAUAUCACCAAAAUACAACCGACAGUGAACAAAUUCGCCAAGGGUAUGCAAGAUAAGGGAUACUUUGGUUAUUUAGGAGUCGAUUGUUAUUGUUAUUUGCAUAAGCAAACGGAGAAAUUGGUGGUAUUACUGUUAAACGUGUUUCCUUAUUAUUCCUACUCGCAAAGUUACAUCGAUUGGAUGAAAUUUGCAAUUGGAGGAAAUUACAAUGCCAUAGGACAAACCACAACUCAUCCCAUGGAUGUAACUAAGGUACGAAUGCAAAUUUCCAACACAUCAUUGACUACAACUAUACGCAACACACUAAAAGAAUUAGGAAUACGUGGAUUUUAUAUUGGUUGGAGUGCAGGUGUACUUCGACAAUUAACAUAUACCACGACGAGGCUUGGAAUAUACAAUACGAUAUUCGACUUAUGCCAAGGAUACUUUGGCCGCCUAAAUUACCCUACAAUGAUCGCUAUUGGAAUGUUUUCCGGCACUGUGGGCUCUUUCGUUGGGACACCUGCCGAUUUGGUUUUAAUUCGUAUGAUAAGUGAUAUACAGUUACCACCACAGAAACGGCGGAAUUACAGAAACGCCUUUACCGGGUUGAUCGACAUAUGGAAGACAGAGGGCGUUGUUGGGUUAUGGAGAGGAGCUGUUGCAACUAUGACUAGGGCGGCCAUUACGAAUGGAGCGCAGUUGGGCACCUAUAGUAGAGCGAAAUUAAUGCUGGAAGAGACAAAUUUGUUCGAAGAAGGCAUACUAUUGUCAUUCUGCUCAGCAAUGAUAUCCGGAUUAGUUAUGUCGGUAACGUCACUUCCUGUAGACGUAGUUAAAACCAAAUUACAAAACUGGAACUUACCUACAAAACCACCAGGAAUCAUCAAAAUGAUAAUUAACACAGCACGGACGGAGGGAGUACCAUCGCUGUGGCGUGGAUUUUUGCCAUACUAUUGUAGGGCGACACCCAAUGCUAUAGUUACCAUGACAUGUGUCGAUCAGUUCAAACGUAUGUAUAUUAAAUUCUUUGAAACGGAAUUGGAGUAA